AUGGAUAAAACGCUUACUAUCCCAUCUCCAUCCGCCGCCGAGGGGCAUCCCCAAAGUCCUACCAUCCAGCUUCCUGACGGCACCAUCGAACCGCCAGCUUAUCUACAACCCAUACAGCCUCCUUCGGCCUUUCGCAACGGUCGUAUCAACCUAGAUUGUUUUUCUCCUGUCAAUGAAAACGGUAGCUUCGAGUUUGACCGGGUUAUAAAGACCGGAAAAGUAGACCGUCGGGUCAAACACAAACAUGCAUUUCGCGCCUCGUGGAAGCCCGCAUACCUCGUUCUCCGACCGAAUCUCUUGUCGGUCUACAAAGAUGAGGAAGCAACGAGGUUAAGACUGUCCGUCACUCUGUCCGAAGUCACAGCUAUCGCACCCGUCAAGUCCCACCGAUCGAACCGACAACACGUCUUUGGCAUCUUCUCCCCUUCGAAAAAUUACCGCUUCCAAGCAUCGUCAGAAAAGGAUUUGGAGGAUUGGAUUCGGCUGAUCCGCUCUGAAACUGGGGUGGAAGAAGAGGAGAAGGCUAUCCUGGCAUUGACCAAGAAAGGGGAGACCCCUGCCACGACUACUGCGACUACGACUACUACAACCAAAAAACAGCCCGUCGACGACACUACUGAUUUCUCGGAAAUCGAUCUCCCUGCCAGGGCCAGUUCGCCUGAAUUUGGACAAACGCUUUCCCCGGACAGUCGAUCUAAGCGCUUCGUCUAUCCCCAGGAUCAUUCGGCCAACGACGUCACUUCCUUCUCGGAAUGGUCGGACGGACCAUCAAGCAGUGGUGGCAUCCGCUCCAAGCCCUCGAUCAACAAUCUCUCUAUAUCCGUCCCAACUGGGAGACAAUCGUCUCUGCCUCGUGAGUCGAGUCGAAACACCGAUUUGGGUAUCCUCCGUGAUCCCGAGAGAGUCAUCUACCAUGGAUAUCUCCAGUGUCUCCGAAUCAAAGGAGGUGUGAAACAAUGGAAACGACACUGGGUUGUUUUGCGCCCAAAAAGCCUUGGAUUUUAUAAGAAUGAACAGGAGUACUCUGCUAUCAAGGUCAUCCCCAUGUCACAAAUCAUCGAGGCAGCUGAAAUCGACCCUGUGUCUCGAUCCAAGAAAUUUUGCCUUCAGAUCAUCGCUGAAGAAAAGUCAUACCGACUAUGCACACCCGACGAAGAAUCCCUUACGAAAUGGUUAGGCUCCCUAAAAAGCAUUCUUGUUGCUCGCAAGAACUUGGAGCCUACAUCUGCGAAAUCCGCAUGA